AUGCCGUUUCUCUCCCCAGUAUCAAUAUUUCGCGCCCAUAUUCCGCUUCCUGUAGGGCCAGUAGUCGUUCGUGCUCCAGGGAAUGGUGGUGUCGCGAUGAAGACUGAAAUUGCCAUUCCCAGUCAAUCGCAGGGACUACUCGGUCAAGGCGAGAACGCAAGAUGGCACGGAAAACGAACCGACCCGCAAGCGAUUAGUGUGAUUCGCAGCAAUGGAGACUUGUCAGAAACAACGAGAUUGAGAAGACGCCGUUUGCUCCCUCCCAGAGCUCAUGAGGUCGCACCUGUAGGAAGGGACCGCAAGCUUAACAGAGACCAUCAUGAUGACAGGGGAGACAUCCGAAGAGAACAGGCAGGAUUAAGACGCCUUGACGGCGAGCGUUUGCCGCUCAUACACCAAUCGAAUGAUACACUAGAUGAAGAUGGCACCGCAGCAGCCGCAGAAAUACCUGGUUGGGACAACCGACAAUCCUCUGAUUCCGCACAAUCGCGGGAUACAGAGUCAAGUCAUUACCGGAGGACGGAUAUGUACAGAUCGAUAUCAAAUGAUCACGCUUCCGGCGACCAGGAGAGUUCCUUGGGAUCAAUGUAUGUGGUGGUCCGGCCAUGGGGAUCGCGGAUCCGUCGUCAUCCGGAGAUUGUUCUGAGUGAGAUGCAGGAUGUGAAUACCGAUACAGCAUCUAGUUUACGAGCGAACCCAAGAGGUGACUUGAAAACCGUUCGCACGCAGGCUGAGCCUGUUGACGGGAGGUUGUGCGCAUCCUUUCUAGUUCCGAGUCUCCCACCACUAUCAUCAGCGUCCUCGUUUCCAGUUUACGCCGCGCCUUUCAAGGCUGCACAUCCUUUCGGCUAUGCCACGAUGCCAGGUUCAGACGAUCCUUUCCUCACUAUGGUAUUAGACCCAUCUCAAAGAAGGUUGGCAAGUAUCGCAACAAGUUUCUUAGGGACUGGAGCCGGGAAAUAUACCUCCUUUAUUCCGUAUCCACUUCUGCGUUUAGCAGCGAUUACUGACAGCCAGCAGUCGUUAGACGUCGUGCCUUCUAGAUUAGGCUCAGAUGAAUCUGACGUUCAUUAUAGAUCUCUUUCAGAUACUUUGAGAAGUGUAGAAACGAUGCGGCUAGUGCUUGAGAGCAUGCGACCGUUAUUGGGUCUGCGGCCGUCAAGUGAAACGUGAAAAAGUGUAAACCGCCUGUUUACACUAGUUCAAGUCAACUAUACUGAUCUAGGUAGUCGUUUACAUAGUUAUAGUUUGUAUGUAGACCACAUGGAAAAUAAACGCCAG